AUGCGUACGCAGCUUUCCAUUACAGCAGCGCUGGCUACUGCAGCUUCACUCGCAGUUUCUGUGCGAAGCACUCUUCAUGAUCGACAUGUCGCCUUCGAUUGGGACACGGGCAAAGUUCGAGGUGUUAAUAUUGGUGGUUGGCUAGUCCUUGAGCCAUUCAUCACACCAUCGAUCUUCGAGCAACACAGCUCAGCCGAUUGGCCAGUCCACGAUGAAUGGACACUUUGCGAGAAGUUGGGCCAGAGUAGUUGUGCUGAUGUGUUGAAGCCGCAUUGGGACAACUUCGUCUCGUGGGAUGACUUUCGGAAGAUCAAGGAUGCUGGCUUCAACAUUGUUCGCAUACCAGUCGGUUAUUGGAGCUACGUGGAGCCCUGGGGCCCCUACACCGGAGGUGCAGCUCAGUAUCUUGACGCUGCAAUUGACUGGGCGAGAGCGACUGGUCUGAAGAUCAUCAUUGAUCUCCACGGCGCACCCAAGUCCCAGAACGGCUUCGAUCACAGCGGCCAUGCAGCAUAUUGGCCAGCCUGGGGCGACUCGGACAGUCUGAGCCAUACACAUGCUGCACUAAAGCAGAUUGAACAGAAAUACGCUACACCUGAGAUGCAAGACGUUGUGAUCGCGAUUCAGUUCCUCAACGAACCGUUCCUGCUCAAGCUCGAUCAGAAUGUGGUCAAACAAUUCUAUCACGAUGCAUACUACAACUUACGGGAUAUCAGCGAUACACCUGCUAUACUACAUGAUGGCUUUGAGAACCCGUCUUGGCUAAACGGUUUUCUGACCAAGCAAGACAACGAUGCGCGCAACGUUGUUGUAGAUCACCACGAGUAUCAGAUCUUCGACUCUGGGUUGAACGCCAUGUCUGUCGACCAACACGUGGCUCUUGCCUGUAACUCUGUCAGCAACUACGACAGCUCAGACAAAUGGACAAUCGUGGGUGAAUGGUCCGGCGCCUUCACCGAUUGCGCUCCCCACCUCAACGGCUUCAACUACGGCUCCCGCAUGGAGGGUAGCUUCCCUGGGUCUUACUGGAUCGGCUCUUGUGCCGGCAAAUCCGGCCCUGUGUCUACAUGGUCUCAGGACUGGAAGGAUAGUGUGCGUCGCUAUAUUGAGGUUCAACUCGAUGCGUAUGAAGCCACGACAAGGGGUUGGAUCUUCUGGAAUUUCAAGACUGAGGGUGGUGCAGGAGAGUGGGAUUUGUUUCAGCUGUUGGACGGCGGUGUCUUUCCGCAGCCGUUGUGCGAUAGACGAUUUGGAAAGGCUUGUGAUAAUCUUUGA